CCAGCUGCACGGAGCACCUGUGCCUAGGAAACUUUUGAUGACACUAUUUCAGGUGCCUUCAAAAUUGAGUGGUGCCAGCAGGGCAACCCUGAUGGUGGACUUCCCCCCCCACCAUGUGCUCUGGUGGCUCUGGAGUGAACUCCUGAUAGUAGCACCUUCCUGUGGACACUUUACCCAGAAGAUUUGCAGAUUCCUGAUGACUUGGCAUCUUUCCAAGUGUUCCAGUCAUCUGGUGAGCCAUGCUGACAUCCCUGUGCUGAGAGGCAGCUCUUGAGCUGAGUAGACAAGUGGAGGAGGGCACAUCAGAUAAAGACUGUCUUCAUAUUACUGACAAGAGAUCCAACAGUGGGCAGGGAUCUUGAAUCCAGUGCUUUCCUUACAACCAAUCUGUAUUUUUGCUUUGCUGAAAAGGAGGCAUGAAUGAUAACACAACACUGACGAACUCAGGAGAUUCCCAGUCCUCAGGAGAUGUUAUUACUUUCAACCUUACUAGAAAAUCACAAGGACCCUCAAAAAGGGAUAAAAAGCACCUUUGUAGCUCUAAAAUUAUCACCACUCUCAUCUUCCUGGUGCUUUUGAUAACUACACUGGCCACAAUGUUAGCAGUUGAAAAACACAAAUAUUCCACUGAACCUACACCAUGCUCGAAUGGCUGGAUUGGUUACCUGGGAAAGUGCUUCUAUUUUUCUGAAAAUACAAGAACCUGGGCAGCAAGCCAGAACUUCUGUGCCUCUCAUUCAGCCACUCUUGCUGUCUUCAACACCACAAAAGAACUGGAUUUCCUGAAAAGAUAUUCUGACCAUUCUCAGUAUUGGAUAGGACUGAGUCGAGAACCAGGACAGAUGUGGAAGUGGAUAGAUGGAACCAUAUACAGUGGCUGGCUUAAAAUAAUUGGAAUUGGAGAAUGUGCCUAUCUACACAGAAUUGGGAUUAGCAGUGCCAGUACGCACUUGGUUAGGAAAUGGAUUUGCAGCAAACCAGACACAUGUAUACCCAGAAGUUAAGACAUCAUAGUUCUAAAAUAUCUUAUAUAAAAGAUAGUUUUUAUUCCUCUUAAGAUACAUAUAUUAUAUUAAUAUAAAGUACAUGAAAUUCAUGUUUAGAAAUUUUCAUUGGUGCUUUUUAUUCCCAAAUCUCUAAACCCACUUUUAU